ACCAUCUUCUAAACUUUCUCUUGGGUUCCCAAAAUCAUUAAUUUCAGAGUUCAGGCUGCCUGGAGAAUCAAGAUGGCUGCUGGAAAAACAUCUCGUCGAUGUCUAAAAUCAUGCUGUUGUGUGACUGCAAUUCUCUUGGUUAUCAUUGCUGUUGUUCUUUUAACCUUGUCGUUCACCAUCUUCAAACCUAAAGACCCCAAAAUCACUUUACACGUUGAAGGCCUUCAAAACAUUGAUUUGUCAAUGUCGAUGAGUAAUGUGAAAGUGAAUGUCACGUUGGCUACUGUUAUUACCAUUGAGAAUCCGAACUACGGAAGCUUCAAAUACAGAAAUUCUACUGCCUAUGUCCAUUAUCAUGGGGACGUGGUUGGGGAAACUCCAGUCGAGGAACGAUACGUGCCAGCACGAGAUAAGCUUAACAUGACCACUUCUGUCAGUAUUAUGCCUGGAAAGCUGCUAAAGAAUCGCCAUUUUCUUGCUGAUGUCGGAGCAGGGAGUUUGAAUAUGACUUCCACAGCUACUUUGCCUGGGAGUUUGAAUUUGCUCAAGAUCUUCAAGAAGCAUGCUACGGUUUAUAAUACGUGUAAUAUAUCUAUUUUUAUUCUUACUCAGAGUGUUGAAUCCAUAUGCCAUACCAAGCUAAAGUUAUAAUUAUUGUUGGUAUGCAUUCAUUUGGUUAUUAUAUUCAUAUAAUAUUAGAAACAAGUUGAUUUGGUUGUUCA